GCAGCAGAAGGAGCCUGCAGUACUGCACUUUGCACCACCGUGGCUCACAGAAGAAUAAUGGGACUGCUUUACAAGGUGGCAAAUAUGACCAUUUAGCACCAAAAGCACUGAAUCUAGGAAACUUCUCCUCCUGAAGCCUGGCAGAUAGAUAUAAAAUUAAUUUUUAAAAAAAGAUUAAAAGUAAUACCUUGGCCUGAAAUUGCCUCUUGCAAAACCUAGAGCCAGCCCAACCUGCUUACAGAUUCCUACCUUACAUGAAUACGUUCUAUGUGACUCUCGUGGUGUGGCUUUCCUGCAUAGGCAUAUUGCUCUGCCUAUGCGCUUUGAACAUCGGUAACUGGCCUCAUCAGAGCCCCACCCUAUAUGGGAAGUGUGUGCAACACACCAAAAAGACUUGAGUUCCUCCAGAUACAGGAGACUGUGAGUCCCAUCCAAAUCCUUUAGUUCCUCCAAGGUGGGUCCUGUCUAUCGUUAAUUUUCAUUUUAUCCAUGGAUGCAGGGUGGAGUAGAAUUAGCCUGCUACAUUUGUUCACUGAGUGACGACCACUGACAUUCUGGUUUUAUUGCUCUUAAGAAUUUGUCAGUAGCUUCCAAGAAAGGAACCCCUUCCGUUCUUCUGGCUUGGUAUGAUCCAUGCAAAUAACUCCCACUGGUGGCAAGUGAGAAAGACUCAUUCUUGUUUUGACUGAACGGGGGAAAACAGCUGAAACACUCUCCCCAGCUGAUAGCCUGGACGAAACAAGAGAUCUUUAUCCAUGGUCCUCCGAAUCCCCCUUCGCAGGAGUGCCAGCUUCACUCCUGACCACCACCAGCCUGGGGCAGAGGUGUCUACUUCUACCCCCAUAAAAAUGGAAGCCAACGUGGUGGUCCUGGGAGCAGACAGCGUGGGAAAGUCAGCUCUGACGGUGCGUUUCCUUACCAAAAGGUUCAUUGGGGAAUAUGGAGACAUGGAGUCUAUCUACACUCACAGUUUGGCAGUAGAAGGCAAAGAGAUUCUUUUCCACAUCUGGGACUUUCCUUACUCGCAGGAGAAGUCAGAGGAGAACUUGUCCAAAGAUAAACGCAUCCAGUGGGCUGACGGCUUUGUCUUGGUCUACAGCAUCUGUGACCGUGCCAGCUUCGACAGCGUCCAGCCCAAAGUCCAGUUCAUCAAAGCCGCCAAGGAAAGCCCAAGCCAGGAGAAAGUGCCCAUUGUUAUUGUGGGCAACAAGCGAGAUCUACACCAUCACCGGGAGGUAUCCAGUGAAGAGGGGCGUCUCCUGGCCCUCUCCAUGGACUGUGAGUUCUACGAGGUCUCGGCAGCCGAAGCCUAUCACGGAGCACUCAUGGUCUUCCAUGGCUUAGCAGAACGCAUCUGUGAGGCCAAGUUGGCCCUGAAGAAAGGCACAGGAAUCCGGAAUAUUGUCAAGAGCGUAUCUGCUGUUUUUGCUCGGAAAAGAACAGACUCAAUGUGAAAAAAAGAAAGAAAGCUAAUGUUCUGUAAACACUGUGGGAGAACAUCCUGUUUUUCCCCCCUCUUAUUUGGGCAGAGUGGAGCAUGGAUUUUGCCACUGUGGAGUCAGCCUCCUCCUUCCGCUAAUCCUGAAGGGGAAUCAAUCCAAGGGGUGGUCUAUAGGGCUGUCCUGGGUGCAAAUUCAAGAAGAAUGGGGCUCUCCAAGGAAGGAAACGGACAUGCCUGUCUCUUCAUGCUGAAAUGCCAGAAGAAAAGGAUUUGCCCAAGAGGAAAUUAACAUCUUGCCCAAAUCCACCUAAUAAGGUGGAAUUGGAAUUCGAGAGUCCUGAAAUAAUGUGUUACUAGUACUGUGUAAGCUCCAGUACUGUAGUCUCUUUGGUAUUUACAAAGAGCUAUAUGGAUGGAACAUCCUCACUCUGUCCCCUAUAUAAACAGGGCUGAACCAAAGCUCAUCUAACCAUGAGUUUACUAGAUUAACAACAGCUCAAUCUUUAACAAUGGGACACGUUGGCUCAGUGGCUAAGACGCUGAGCUUGUCGAUCAGAACGGUUGGC